UUGACAAAAAGAAACAAGAAAAUGCCUCUAGCACACUUCAAAAAUUCAACUCUCCAUGCUUAUAAAAAUGCUCUAGACAUCUAAAAUUCCAAGAAUAUUACAUUAUAUAUAUGCAUCACCAUUUUCAGUUUAAGAAAUGGAUAGAAGAGCUAUUGAUGAUAGAAGAAGAAUUGGGACAGUGAAGGCAGCCAUUAAUAUGUACGGAGAAAGAAUUCUUGAAGGUAAUUCUUCGUUGAAGAAACCCCAAAUUGAUUUACCUGAGAAUUCUUCUUCAAGAGCUAAAGAAUUGCAUAAGGCAAAGAGAGAGAUGGUUAGAUAUAAAGAGAGUAGAAGGGUGGCAGAAUCAGUCACAGCUCAGGCAGAAACUGAGCUUUCAAAGGCUAAAAAGACAGUUAAAGAUCUUGCUUUACAAAUUGAGGAAUCAAAUUCCAAGGCAAAAGCAAAGAUGAGAGAUAUGGAAAGGCUAAAGAAGUCCAGUAAGCGCGAAGAAAAGAGUUCAGGUUUUGGGAGUUCAGAGAGUAAUAAAUAUGCAGAAAUGAUGAGAGAAAUAGAAUGUGUGAAGCAAGAAUUGAGUAAACUUAAACUUGACAUGGCUUAUGUUUUAGAAGCGAAAAUGCAAGCCGAGAAGGAAAUCGAAGUCUCAAAUUCUAAAUGAGGGACUAAUUUGAAAUCUGUGGAAGCAAUUAGAAAGGAGAUUGAGGAGGUAAAUGAGGAGCAAGUGCUUGUUGAGUUAGCGCGGAUUGAGGCAUUGAAGGAGUCUGGAGAAAUUGAGGUUCAAAGAGAGAAGGAAGGAAGUGAAUUCUCACAUGCAAUGGAGGAAAAUAGAAAGAAAAUGAAGGAUGAUGAUGUUGAGGAAAUUGAUCGCUCGAAUGAUGUUGAGUCUAAAUUGGCUGUUACAUUUUCUGAUGUGAAUGUGUUCCAGAAUGAACUAAAGCUUGUUAAAGAAAUAGAAAAAAAGGUACUGAGCAAUGACAGUUUGAAGCAUUCAGGAGGUAGUUUUCGAAAAAGCGACCAAUUGGAGGAGUUGCCUUCUUUGAAUUCGAUAACAGAAGAGUUGGAAGAGGCAAAGAAAGAAUUGACUUCAAUUAAACAAGAGGGCUUUCAGUUCAUGGCUUCAAUGGAUAUAAUACGGAGUGAGCUCAAGCAUGUUACAGGAGAAACUGUGCAGUUAAAGAAAAUGGAACAUAAAGCAGAUUUAACCUUUCAGAAUCUAAAUUCAAAGCUUCUUAGAGCGAAAACCAAGCUAGAAGCCGCAACUGCAGCUGAGGAAAAGACUAAAGCAAUUGUAUCCAAUCUCUCUCUCACUCUUGAACAGUUGAAAACGGAAACAGAAGUGGCAAAGAAAGAGAAUGAGCUUAUUAGUGCAGAAACUGCAAAUAUCAAAGCAGAAAUUCAGAAAACUGUCUCUGAAAUAGACUCAACUGAAGAAAGAUUGCAGGCUGCAAUGCAAGAACUUGAGGCAGUCAAAGCAUCAGAAUCUUUAGCUCUUGAGAAUCUGCAAAAUCUUAUAGCAAAUACAAUGAGAGCUAGAGCUUCUUCUUCUCAACAAAGUUCCUCAAUUACUAUCUCAAAGUUUGAGUACAAGUACUUAACCGGAAGAGCAGUUAAGGCUGAAGAAAUUGCAGAUAAAAAGGUUGCAGCAGCUCAAGCAUGGGUAGAAUCACUGAAAGCUAAUGAAAAGGAAAUAUUGAUGAAAAUCGAACUAGCUCACAAAGAAAUCCAAGAAACUAGAACCGAGGAAGAGCAGCAGGUGUAUAGAACUGAGAGGUCACUUUCUGCAAAAAGAGUAGUAGAAGGAGAAAUAAGAAACUGGAGACAAAAACGAGAGAAAAACUCACUAGCGGAUAACUUGGCACAACCAUUGAGGAGAAAAUCCAUGAAAAGUAAUGGCAAUGCUACUCCAAGAAAGUCCAUGAAAGGCAAUGGUAAUUGGACUCCAUCGAAACGUGGCAAGGUUCGAAACUCUUCUUCUCCAGCUGGUCGAAUCACACCCGGAUCAACUUCUUUCAUAAUCAGGAAAAAGAAAAAAGUGAUGCCAAAUCUAGCCAAGUUUUUUAGUGGCAAGAGAAUUGGCAAGACACAUGAGAUGCUUGAACAGACUUGAGAGCUUAAAUAUGCUUAAUGUUUAAGCUCCUUAUCAUUGUUUCGGUUAAUAAUACUAAAAGGAAAAUUUCUGCUCACAUUGAAGAUUGGAUGCUGGAAGUUUCAAUUGAUGUUUUCUGUAAUUGGUGCUUAUCUUCCAAGUUUCAUCAUUUCAUUUU